UUGAUCUGUACCACCAGCCAGUACACUCACUUUGAUCUCAUCCAGAAUCAACCGACAGUAAACGGCAAAAAGACGUGGACUGCUGGUCGUAGUCCGGAAUCAGACUUCCAUCUCAGCACGUCGUCGCGUUUGUCCAACCGCCAUUUCAAGAUAUGGCUCUCUGAAACCGAUAAGUCACUCUGGAUCCAAGACAUUCUGACCAAUGGGACUCAUUUGAACAAUACACGUCUUGUCAAGGGCUCUAACUAUAUGCUAAACCAGGGUGACGAAAUAGCUGUGGGUGUGGGUGUUCCCAAGGAUGUGGUCAGGUUUGUGGUGCUCUUUGCAGACCCUUACAAUCCGGCGAAGUUGCCCAAUUCGGACAAUGGUUCUGUCGUGAAGGAUCAAGGCAUCUACAAAGAUUUCAUCAUUAAGAACGAGACAAUUGGCCAGGGAGCAUUUGCUACUGUAAAGAAGGCUGUCGAACGCUCUUCGGGUAAGUCUUUCGCAGUAAAAAUCAUAAAUCGUAGAAAAGCUCUUAACACUGGAGGUGGAGCCAUGGUAGGAGUCGAUAGAGAAUUGUCUAUAUUGAGAAAACUUGAUCACCCCAAUAUCGUGUCGCUCAAGGCGUUUUACGAGGACUUGGAUAACUAUUACAUCGUCAUGGAAUUAGUCCCUGGUGGAGAUUUGAUGGACUUUGUAGCUGCGAAUGGAGCUAUUGGUGAAGACGCUACCCAAGUGAUUACCAGGCAAAUCUUGGAAGGAAUAGCGUAUGUCCAUAAACUAGGCAUUUCGCAUCGAGACCUAAAGCCCGACAACAUUUUGAUAAUGAAAGACGAUCCCAUCUUAGUGAAAAUAACCGAUUUUGGACUAGCGAAGUUCAGUGACAACUCUACGUUCAUGAAGACUUUCUGUGGCACUUUGGCCUAUGUAGCGCCAGAAGUGAUUACCGGUAAGUACGAACUGUCACAGAACGAAUCUAAGCGCAACUACUCGUCCCUUGUGGACAUCUGGUCACUUGGGUGUCUCGUGUACGUGCUUUUGACAUCGCAUUUGCCAUUUAACGGUAAGACUCAAGCCCAGAUGUUCCUGAAGAUAAAGAAGGGAGAGUUUCACGAAGCACCUUUAAACUCGUACGAAAUCUCACCUGAAGGUAGAGACUUUUUGCUGUGUUGUUUACAAGUAAACCCCAGACUUAGAGUAACAGCUGAAGAAGCUCUUAAACACGUGUGGUUAAAGGAUGUCUUUGAUGAAGCUUCACAACUGCAGAAAGCUCUUAGUUUGUCACAGUCACAAUCUCAGCAAUCACGAAAAGUAGACAAUGAUAUAAUGUUAAGGCCAUUGGACAGCGAAAAGAACAGAAAAAACAAACAACACAAUAACGACUUCAAGGUACCGAAAAGAGUGGUACCUUUAUCUCAAUCACAACCAUUUUCACAACCAAGACAUGAAGGAAGACGAGUGCAUGAACUAGACGUAGUACAAGAAGAAUCUGUAGAAGCAAGUGAGGUAUUGCAGGAGUCUACUCCAUUACGAAAGGAAUUGAAGUCAAGCAAAGUCAGCCUUCAUGAAAAAUCGCCUACUGCUCAAGUUGACGACAAUACUGAUAAGUUGGGAUCUUCUACUAGAAAGGAACUCUCAAGCAGAGGAUCCAAACCUUAUCAUCAAGUGCUAUUCAGAAACAAUAUAGUAGGAAAAGAUUUGAUGCGGUCUUCGUUUCUAACUUUACGUCCCUUAGAAAACUCUAUUUUCAGAAGACUGAUACAUGUUCCUAAAGGAAAGUCCAGUUAUUCUAUUGGUCGACAUGACGUGUGUGAUACGCAUAUCAACGAUGAUAGAAUCUCUAAGGUACAUUGCCUCGUGCGUAAAGAAACCAUAGACGAAUCUACCGUGGUAUGGCUUUUAGAUAUGAGUACGAAUUCAUGUACUGUUCUGGAGAGAUUGGUCGGAAGAGGUAAGAAGAUUGCACUUCGGGAUGGAGACUUUGUUUAUUUGUUCAUAGAUGACAAAUCCCGAGAACUGAUUGGCUUUGAAGUUGUUUUAGGAGGUAAUUCUGAUGAGAUGGUAGAUGAUGGCGAUAGAGUCAUUGUUAAUCAGACAGAGUAUGAGUUGGGACUCAAGCCGAAGUUUGUGGUUCAAGCCGGAGGGAGAAUCGUUAGUGUGGGUAGAAGCGAACCAAACUAA